AGUUCGCCGUAUUGCUUUCUAUUUUCAGUGAGCUCAUUGCACGGGCAGCCCUGAGCUCCCGAAAAUACAUGCAACGGACUGAGAUCGUAUUUUAAGCCACUAAACUUUACCUUAUUGGAUGGUAUACGUUAGCACUUAACGUCAAGUGGACUUGUCAAUAACAGUAAAUUGUAUUGAAAAAUCAGUUAGCUUUGCUAGCCGUGUUAGCUAGCUAGCUAGCUAGCCAUCCCUUUUCUUGGCGUCACUUCCUACUUUUGAAACUCGCGGCCAGAAAAUAACGAAACAUGGACUUUCAAGUGGGAACUGAACCGAUGACACUGGGCUCUCCCACCUCUCCCAAGCCGACCUCUGGGGCUCAGUUUCUGCCUGGCUUCCUCAUGGGUGACCUGCCAGCUCCAGCAACCCCCCAGCCACGCCCCUUCAGCCUGGCCACACCUAUUGUGGAGAGUACAGGUGGAGGAGGCUCUGCCCCGCAGCCUGUUGUACCCACCCCCAAGGAUAAGAGUGGAGCCCCACCUGUUCGCAGUAUCCAUGAUGACCUGGUUACAGUGGCAACCCCCCUCCACACACACAGGCAGUGUUUUCCAGUUAUGCAGUCUCCUCUGUCUGCACGUGGGGCCUCAACUCCAGGAACAGUUCUGUCUCCAGGUGUGCAGCAGGUAUGCCUGUCUCCAGCUCAGAUUGAUCCCUUCUACAGUCAGGGAGAGUCUCUGUCAUCUGAUGACCAGCUGGACCAGACCUGGGUCACUGUCUUUGGAUUUCCUCCAGCCUCAGCCUCCUACAUCCUGCUGCAGUUUGCUCAGUAUGGGAACAUCCUCAAACACAUGAUGGCAUCUCCUGGUAACUGGAUGCACCUUCAGUAUCAGUCCAGACUUCAGGCUCGGAAAGCUCUGUCUAAAGAUGGAAAAGUUUUUGGUGACGCCAUCAUGGUGGGAGUCAAACCAUGCAUAGACAAGAGUGUGAUGGACAGCAGUGUGGCCAAUUCUCCUCCCCUUUCCACCUCCUUUUCCUCCUCUGCCCUCCCAUCCACUCCUCGCUCAGCCAUUAGACCGCUCAGCGGCGCUUACAGGAGUGGGAGCUCCGGCAGCGACUACCAGGUGGUAGCUGACAGACAAACACCCAGGAAGGAUGACAGUUUUGUUUCCAAGGCAAUGGAGUACAUGUUUGGCUGGUGACAUUACACAAUUCAUCAGGUGAUACCUGCAGCUUCAGAUGAGACAGGGCAACCAAUGGACAGAUGGAUGAAUUCAUUGAUUCACUUUGUGUGUGUGUGUGUGUGUGUGUGUGUGUGUGUGUGUGUGUGUGUGUGUGUGUGUGUGUGUGUGUGUGUGUGUGUGUGUGUGUGUGUGUGUGUGUGUUGGAGGAUCUUUUUGCUUUUCCGUCUUUGUCUUCUUUUUAUAAUCAGUAUUUUUUUAAACAUUUAUGUCUCAAUAAAGUUUUUCGCUGCUUUGAA